UCGUCCAUAUCGAAAUCAAGAAGAUGGGCAUCGAACCCAACCGGUUGGAUUACCUGGUACUCUCGAAAGGAAACUUCGAGAUUCUCAUCAAGAAAUUGUUGCUGGUAAGGCGUUACCGAGUGGAGAUAUACGUGGCAGAGGGUUCAGUGAAGAACAGCGAUUGGGUGCUGAAAUACAAAGGCUCUCCUGGAUGUCUCUCUCAGUUGGAGGAGGUUCUAGGGGAAGGACUGGGAGGAUCAGACGAGAAUACGCCCUGCCUCAUGGCUGUUAAUAUAAAGACGGAUGCUGUGAGCAAAGGUCGUCUCCUUGGUGUGGCGUGCGUUACAGCUGGCGACUACCAAAUGUCAGUUACGGAGUUCACAGAUGACGAUUUACUGACGGAAUUGGAGACAAUUACUGUCCAGAUGGCCCCUUCAGAAUGCCUGGUGCCGCAGGCAGAAAAUGACGACUACAAAAUGUUGAAGCAAGUGAUGGCCAGAGCAAAUGUAACCGUAACAAAACUGAAGAAGAGUGAAUUUUCAACUGAAGGCCUGCACCAAGACCUGAACCGAUUAUUAAAAUUCAAAGAUGACCAGCAGCAGGACUGUAAUGCCUUCCCAGAAACGAGGAAAGAGACUGCCAUGACCUGUUUGGCAGCUGCGAUAAAAUAUAUUGCACUGUUGAAUGACAGCACUAAUUUCGCAAGGUUCCGCCUGACCACAAUCCAAGCGGAUUGCUUCCUGCACUUAGAUGCGGCCGCGUUGUCCGCUCUCAACGUAUUCCCAGAGUUGGGCGAUACGUCCCACGCGCCGUCCCGAAGCCUGCUGGGACUGUUAGAUAGGUGCAGAACUCAGCAGGGGAAGCGACUCCUCGCCCAAUGGCUGCGCCAGCCGCUCCGCGAUAUAAACCUGAUCAACGAGCGUCUUGACAUAGUGGAACUGCUAGUGCGUAGUUCUCAGCUCCGCUUGCAGCUGUAUGAAGACCACCUGCGAAGGAUCCCGGACCUGCAAGCGCUGGCCAGGCGGCUCUCGAGGAAGAAGGCCAAUCUGCACGACUGCUAUAGGAUCUAUCAGGCCAUAAACAGGCUGCCGGCACUUCUACAAUGCCUGGCGGAGGCAGACAACUCGACGGUACACUCUUCACUGUCCGAGCCCAUAUCAGAACUGAACGACGACCUCAACAAAUACCAGCAGAUGAUCGAGGCUACUAUGGACAUGGAAGCAGUUGAAAGAGAAGUCUUGGUUAAUAUGACGCUGGAGUGUAAAGAAUUCACGAAUGCCAUAAUAGAAAUAUCGUUAAAACCUUGUGUUUCAGGUGAUUUCCUGGUGAAACCAUCAUUCGAUGAAAAUCUACAAAGUCUCAGCGAACAGUUAGAACAGCUUCAGUCUUCAGCUGACAAGGAAUUGAACAAAGCGGCGAGGGACCUUUGCUUAGACGCUGGCAAGACAGUAAAACUAGAAACGAACCCACAGGGAGGGUUCUGCUUUAGAGUGACACUAAAAGAAGAACAAACACUUCGUGGUAACAAAAAGUACACAAUCAUCGACGCUGUGAAAGGAGGAGUCAGGUUUAAGACCAAUAAUUUGGAGAACAUCUCUGAAGAAUAUGUUCAUACAAAGUCUUCAUAUGAAAAAGAACAAGAUAAGGUAGUUACAGAAAUCGUCGGGAUUGCAGCUGGCUAUUCCGAAUGCCUGUUCUGUUUAUCCCACAUCCUGGCCCGUUUAGACGUGUUGGUAUCGUUCGCCGUGGCCGCAUCAACCGCGCCCUACCCGUACUGCCGGCCGGUGCUAACAGAGAGCCUGGACGAACUGGUGCUGAAGGAUGUCAGACAUCCGUGCCUUGAAGUGCAGGAGGGAGUGUCUUAUAUUCCCAAUGACGUGGUCUUUAAACGAGGCGAGUGCAUAAUGCACAUAGUGACAGGAGCCAACAUGGGCGGCAAGUCGACCUGGAUGCGCUCCUGCGGCGUUUCCAUCCUCAUGGCGCACGCGGGAUGCCUCCUGCCGGCCGCCGCCGCCACGAUCCCGCGCCUGAGGGCACUCGCGGCCCGCGUGGGCGCCGCCGACAGGGAGGACAAGGGGCAGAGCACCUUCAUGCUGGAGAUGAUCGAGUCCGCCGCCAUACUGCGGACAGCGACGCCGAAUUCCUUGGUCCUCGUCGACGAACUAGGCCGUGGCACAUCUACCUACGAGGGCUGUGGAAUUGCCUGGGCUAUAGCAGAGGAGCUAGCCACAAAGUGCCAAUGCUUCUGCCUGUUCGCGACCCACUACCACGAGCUGACGCGCCUCCCCGCGGCGCUGCCCGGCCGCGUCGUCAAUUCGCACGCCGAGGCCGCCGUAGCUGAUCAGCAACUGAUCCUGCUGCACAAGAUAGCGCCGGGGCCCGCUACGCACUCGCUGGGACUCCACGUGGCUAGGCUUGCUGACCUCCCGGACUCUAUCAUCGAGUAUGCUGAAGAGAAGCAAGCUCAGCUCGAAACGAACAUGUUUGAAGCUGAAACUUCUAUUAAAUCCCAAGAGGUUUCAGAAGGUCAGAAUCUCAUACAAGAUUUUUUGAAGAAAUGCAAACGUUUAGAAGAGUCGACGCCGUCAGACGACACCCUUGCAGAAGCGAUAGGGAAACUGAAGCACGACUUGAUGCAACAAAACAACAAGUAUGUCCAGUCCAUAAUGGCGUAAUUAUUAUGUAAGCAUUAAAAUAAAAUCAAUUGUGUAACUAAA